AUGCCGCCGCCGCCGCCUCCAUCAAUGAGUCGCUCUAUGGAAAAAAAAGUUGACAGACAACAACAGCAACCGUCAGAGAGUCAAAUUUUGUCUUUGCCUGGAACGUCGGCGGCUGAUUCUUCUGAAAAAGGCAAAGGAGUUCAAUUGGGAGGAGGAAACGGAAUGGCGGAUUCUUCAUUGAUAGAAAAAAAAGAAAGUCAAAAAAAAAGUGAACCAAAUGGUCACACCAAGUCUCAAUUAACAAAGACAACAAUAACGCCAGGAACAAAAGUCGGUGAAGGUGAAGUGAAAAGUGAACUCAAUGGUACUUCAAAACUUAAACCACCAACUGACUCAAUAAUAACAAGUAAUAACGAGAAUCAUAUUACAGAAACCAAUAAAAGUUUGUCAAAAGAAAAAUCACAGCAAAAAGUGAACGGUAAUAUUACUAUUAUUACUACUUCUACUAAUGAUAAUAACAUUAGUAGUAGUAGUAAAAUAUCUUCAUUACCUUCUGAUGAUGUUGAUGUUGUUUCUCCAAUACCUCCAUUACCAUCAAUCGCUGUCGAAUCUGAAUCACAAGCACAACCUCAUCAUCCUCCUUUCUCAGAUGGAGUUAAAACUGGGAAGCGAAAGCGAACUAAUUCGAUGGAUCAAGUAGAAAUUACAGUAGAGGAAGUUGAACAAACAGCUGAAGACACUGGAAAUGAAGAAGAAAAUACUGCCUUGGCUGACGAUGAAGCUGAAGCGGAAGCAAGUCCUAGUGAUAUAACACGACGUAGAGGAGCCGCUGCUACAGCUUCCAGUCCAAAAGCUGACCCAAGAGCUACAGAGGAAUAUCGGGCGAUAGAAGAAAAAUUUGAACAAUUAAUGACAAGUAUGGACAUUGAUAGGCGUUGGGAAGAAAAGGCAAGAGAAUUGGAUAAUGAGCGAGAUUUAAUAAUAAAAGGCACCCAUACUGGUUUCCGCACAGGUAUGGAUGAAAUUGAAAAACGAAGGCGGCAUCGACUAAAUGUUGCAGAGGCACGAAAAAAGCAGUAUGUAAAAAGUGCUCUUGAUCAGAUUAAUUCAACAAAUCAUCGGGCAAAUUGUGAGUUUCUGUCAAAAAGAGUUGGAUGGCGAAAAGCAAGAUUAGCUGAAAUAAGCAGCAGACGAUGGAAAUUACUAGAAGACAAGAAAAAUCUGGAUAAUUAUGCACGCUUAGUAUAUACGCUGCCUGAUCGAAACCAGAUUGUGCGUGCAAAGCAAAUGAAGCUCAUUAAUAUUCAAGAAUUAACGGAACAGACACCUCAAUCUGAUUACGAGUCGGAUUUACGGCAAAUGGGGUACCCUACGUCAUCACAACCAGAAAUUUUUUUUGAAGGAGAUCGAUUUUGUUUUCGCGGGAGUCGUUUCACCAAAGGAGAUGCUGUUCUUAUAAUUGAUAAUCAUUCUGGUCGGUAUACUGCAAAGUUUAUUAUGGGAACUAAACAUGAGGUGACAAUACAACGAAUGGAUGGAUCAAAAACCAGGAUUCCAAUGAGUCAAUUAAUAGACGGACGGUAUCAGAUGCAUCUUAAGGAAACAUAG